AUCUAUCUAUCUAUCUAUCUAUCUAUCUAUCUGUCUGUCUGUCUGUCAGCAAUCUCUAUCUAUCUGUCUGUCUGUCUGUCUACAGUCAGCGGAGGAAAGCUGCCUCGCCAUGGCAGGGCAACGCAAUAGAGGCGGGCAAAGCAAGCAGCCCAGCCAAACGGUGUUGUGGUGCAGGGUGAGAGUGUAUAGAAGCCCUGUGUCAGCUCUGUUCUCAUCCUGUGGCUGACAGAGCACCGCCCUGGGUCCUGCCUGCAUAAUGCCAUGCAGAGGCUGCAGAGCCAAGGCUCUUUCAGCAGGAGAGAUGCAGAGCAUGAUCUUUUAGCAGAGGUCAUCAGGUUCUGUGCCUAGGGGGCCUGGUAUAGCACAGUUUGGUGAUUCUCCUGCUCAAACACACCUGGUAAGCUGCUAACCAACUGCUGAGUUGAAUCUUGAGCAUAGCCAAAAAAUUGUGCUGGAUGAAGACUUUCCAGGAAUGGAACUGAUGACUCCUGCUAUAGAACAUGUUCCUCAGGGCAGUGCUUUCCAAACUUUGUCAGAGAAUACCUCUUCCUUGCACAUUGCCUUGGGUUUUUCCUGCUCUUCCUGCUCAUCCACGUUAUCUCAAGAAGGACUUGUUGUUUGCUUUCUUCAGUUGUGUCUUUUAGAUUUUUCAACCCUCGUUCCUCCCAUAUCUAUCUAUCUACACAUGUUCUAAACCGUUAUCCUAAUUGGCCGCGGGGGCUGCUAGAGCCUAUUCCAGCGCUCAUUGGGUGGAAGGCAGAAAACACCAUGGCUGCCAGUCCAUUCUGUCUAUCUAUCAAUAUUUAAUAUCUUUGUAGUUUUUACCUUUUCUAUUUCACUUUUUUAUUUUUGCUUUGUAAACACUGGUAUUUCCUUUAGGAAAUAAAAUACAUAUCUAGUUUCAAAAAGUGUCCUCCUGUCCACUUUGCACCAAUGAAUAUUAUAAUUAUAUAGAAAUACAGGUGGGGGAAGAAAAAAAGGCAAUACCGCGCCUCUCCAUUGGUAGUCGCCAUUGGACUUUUUUUUCCUUCCUCUUUAGUUUUUGGCUUAAAGGAGACGCAACAAAGACGAAACCGAACAACGAGCGAUUUUGUGUGUCGAUGCUGUGGCUUUAAGAACUGCAAAGAGUGGCUGGGUCUUUAAAAUUGAUUUUUGCAUAGUUAUAAUAAGGUAGCUUAAGUAUGUUUUCAGUUAAGGAUUAAAUAUUUGUACAUAUAUAUAAACGUUUAUGCGCAGAACGUGCGAGAGUGGGCGCAAUAUGUUUGGCUGUUGGAUCCCGGCCUUUACACGGCAAACUGUUUUCAUAUUUUAUGCCUCUCAACGCUUGGUCACAUUUGUGUAUGAUCUUUAAGCUGCAACGAAAAGCAGGCUUAGAGGUUAAAAGAGGUGAUGGAGCUGCAACACGGCGAUGGUCAGCUCUCGGACAACAAAGAGGAGAAGUGUGGCGUGGAGAAGGCCGCACAGAAAUCCCCGGACCACAGUCAGUCAGAGACGCCAAAGAAGCUGCUGCGAGGGCGGUGCCCUAGUCGGCUGAAGGCAAGGGAAAGCCCGGGAGAGUUGGACACUAACGCGAACGGCGCCGGCGCGAAUGCAGUUGGAUCUGGGCGAGUGCUGCGGGACCGGUCGGCUAGAGCUCUUCCAGCGUGGAAGCACAGCGAGAAAAAGGAGCACCGGGACGAAGAGUUGGUGGAGGAGAGUCGGCGGAGGAAAGCUGCCCCGCCGCGGCGGAGCAAAGCUACAGAGGCGGGCAAAGAGAGUGGCCCGGCCGGACGGUCUGGAGAGAGUAAGGAUGCCGGCAGCAGCACUCGAGCGGGUGGUGGCAGGCGGACUCAGAGCCGCAGCAGGACUCCUUCUUCAUGGCCUCAGAAGAGUAUAACCCGGGUUGUGUGCAAGAGCGAACCAGAAGCAGAGACUUUAUGUGUGGAAACAGACAAGGCAGCUGGCAAGAGGACAGGAGAAAGUGAUCAAAAAAAGACAGAAGGAGAGGAGGAUGAUGUCCUGGGUGAGGAAGAGCCUCCGUAUGUGGAUGACCUGAAAGACCAGAACUACCAGCCGCAGUGCCAGAGUGAUGAUGACGUAGGAAUCAGCAGUGAUGAAGAUGUACCCUUUAGAGACGACCUGAAUGACCAGAGCUAUGACCCUAAAUCUGAGAGGGACACUCCUAAGUCACGACGCAAAGCCCCUCCCAGGCUGCGGGAGAAAAAAGAGAAAAUGGCUGUAGUGGAGAAAGAGAAGGAGGUGCAGGCAGAGGUGAAGAAAGAAGGAGGAGACGGAGUGGAUGUGAAGGUGGAAUUCGGGGAGGGUGCAGAGCCUCCUAGGAAGAGAGGCAGGCGAAGGAAAGAUGAUAAAAGCCCCCGUCUUCCAAAGAGAAGGAAGAAGCCCCCAGUGCAGUAUGUCCGCUGUGAGAUGGAAGGCUGUGGGACGGUUCUUGCGCAUCCACGCUACUUACAGCAUCAUAUUAAAUACCAGCACUUAAUGAAGAAGAAGUAUGUGUGUCCGCACCCCUCCUGUGGCAGACUGUUUCGGCUCCAGAAACAGUUACUGCGCCAUGCCAAACACCAUACAGAUCAACGGGACUACAUCUGUGAAUUCUGUGCUCGUGCUUUUAAAAGUUCCCAUAACCUGGCUGUUCACCGCAUGAUCCACACAGGAGAAAAACCUCUGCAGUGUGAGAUAUGUGGCUUCACCUGCCGCCAGAAGGCAUCCCUGAACUGGCACAUGAAGAAGCACGAUGCGGAUGCCUCCUACCAGUUCUCCUGCAGCAUCUGUGGCAAGAAGUUUGAGAAGAAGGACAGUGUGGUAGCACACAAGGCCAAGAGCCACCCAGAAGUUCUGAUUGCGGAGGCUUUGGCAGCAAAUGCUGGUGCCCUCAUCACCACUCCAGGAGCUUUGCUGGAGGCCCCCACAGGGGCCCUACGGACAGAGCAGAUGCAGGAGGUACAGCUGGGCUCUGUGCAGGUGCCGGUGAGCCAAGUGGGUUCUCUGGCACAAGUUGGUCACGUAGGCCCUGUGGUUGUGGUAGAUCCAGACCAUUCUCUUCCUAACAUGCAGGUUCCUGUUACUUUGGCCCUGCCCACUGCGGAGGAAGAGCUAGGAAGCGGAACUGGGUCUUCACACUCAGUUUCCACGCACACCCUGCAGGCUCUGCCGUUGCAUUUUGUCACCACACCUGUUUCCCAGCAACAGCAGCAGCCCCAGGUACAGCAGCUGCCCCUUCAACACUCAGUCACUCAACAGGCCACUCUCGUGCAGCCAUUACCCGUGCAGUCAUAUCCCACGCAGCCGCAGAUUCUUCACAUGACAUUCAGAGCUGUUCCACAUCAGCAGCAGAUCCAGCAGUUGCCCCUGCUCUCUGUGGCCCAGCAGCUACCACAUCAAAGCCAAGCCAUAGUUAGAGCUCCUAACCCUAGCUCUAGCCCUGUCUCCACAGGCUCUAGUCUCACCCAGAACCUGCCUGAAACCUCCUCUUCUGACUGCAGAGGAACUCUAGGUUUCUCAACUGAACCUCCUCCACCAUCGUCAGCUUCUCCUCCCCACGUUCCUCCCACUGCCACAAGAGAGGGCAGAGCUGUCUGGGAAGGCAAGGGCCCUGAAGAGAACGGAAAUGUGGGUGGGGUUUGGGAGGCAGCUGGAGAAAGCCAAGAGCAGGUUAUGACGGACAGCUCAGAAGGGCAGAUCCAGCAUGGACUGAUGUAGCGAAAUGAAGUUCACUUUAUAAUAAUAAUGGAGGAAAAAGUCAGAAGACUGCCUAGUGUAUUUCAGCCUCCUCAGUAUAACCUCCCCACAAAAGUUAAAAAUAUAGGAUCAUAAAUAUAUUGUAUGUAUUCACAUAUAAACGUUUGGUAGGUUUGUAGAAGUGUAUGUAAUCAAGGAAAAAAAAGGUGUGUUUUGAGUUGUUGCUUUUUGUACAUAAUACAGUUUUAGUCCCUUAAAAAUAUUACUUUUUU